CAAGGUCCUGGGGCGGAGUGAGAGGGUAUAAGGACCUGGCUGUCUUACUCUUCCUCUGCUUUGCCUGCUUCUGAUCCCCAGACCUCACCUCCUCCCAUAUCUCACACCUCACCUCAACCCACCCAUACACCACCCACAAAAAAAUGGCGCCCCAAAAACAAACGCAACCCGUCUACGUCCUCGGCGUCGGCAUGACCAAGUUCAUCAAACCACGCGGCAAAGUCGACUACCCAGAACUCGGCUUCGAAGCCGGCAUCAAAGCGCUCCUAGACGCCCACAUCAACUACGACGACGUCGACCAAGGCGUCGCCUGCUACUGCUACGGCGACAGCACGUGCGGCCAGCGCGUCUUCUACCAGUUCGGCAUGACGGGCAUCCCCAUCUACAACGUCAACAACAACUGCUCGACGGGGUCGACGGGGCUGUUCAUGGGGAGGAAUAUGAUUGCGCACGGGGCCGCCGAUUGCGUCCUCGUCGUGGGGUUCGAGAAGAUGUUUCCGGGUUCGUUGCAGACGUUCUUCCAGGAUCGCGCGAAUCCGACGGGCACGAGUGGGUUGGUCAUGAAGGAGACGAGGGGCGUUACCAAGGCCCCCGGUGCGGCGCAGAUGUUUGGGAAUGCGGGGAGGGAGCAUAUGGAGAAAUACGGCUCCCAACCACAAGACUUCGCCGAAAUCGCCCGCAUCAACCACGCCCACUCCAAAAACAACCCCUACUCGCAAUUCCAAGACGAAUACACCCUGGACCAAAUCCUCCAAUCUCCCAUGAUCCACUCGCCCUUGACAAAACUCCAAUGCUGCCCGACCUCGGACGGCGCCGCCGCCGCCGUCCUCGUCUCCCAGGCCUUCCUCGACGCGAGACCGCACCUGAAAUCCCAAGCCAUCCUCAUCGCGGGACAAUGCCUCGCCACCGACUCGCCCAACCUGUUCAACAGGAGCGCCAUCGAGCUGGUCGGCUACUCGAUGAGCGAGCGCGCCGCGAAAGCCGCGGUGCAGGAGGCGAACGUAUCCCCGCAAGACGUCAAGGUGUGCGAGCUGCACGACUGCUUCUCGGCGAACGAAAUGGUCACCAUUGAAGCCCUCGGUCUGGCUCCCAAGGGCAAGGCGCACGAACUCGUUCGCGCGGGCGGCAUCACUUACGGUCCUGCCUGCAAGGUCGUUAUCAAUCCCUCGGGCGGCUUGAUUUCAAAGGGCCACCCGCUCGGCGCUACGGGCCUGGCCCAGUGCGCCGAACUCGUCUGGCAUAUGCGUGGAUGGGCCAACAAUCGCUCCGUCAAGGACACCACCGUCGCGCUUCAGCACAAUCUCGGUCUCGGAGGCGCGGUUGUGUGUACCGUGUACAAGCGUGCCGAUGGAUCCGCAGCGCGCGAUGUAUCGGACGAAGAGGUUGCGAGACUGACGGGUCUGGGAUAUAACCCAGCUACUCAAGCCAAGGGAUUCACGCGCGCGCAGGUCGAUGCCGUGAGGAGUAAGAAGGCCAGGAGCGAGUGGGCGUUGCAGGAUACCGAGGAGAAGGUGGAGGCGAGGUUUUGAAUUUCAUGUGGAGAGAGCUAGAGAAGGAGGCCUGGAAUGCGUCUUCUUGAUGUGACAUGAGCGAUGUUGUGUUUGUUAUUGUAUAUACUCCCCGAUUGGUUUAUUGAUCGUUUCUCAUGACCAUUAGUCU